UUUAGUGCAAUGGCUCAGUUCAAAACCGUCGUCGCCCGCGAUUCUCCUCUGAAAACCGGCGUCAGUGUAUAAGCAAACUCUGUGUGUUCGAUUAUGUCAGUGGCGGCGGACGGUCUCGCGUCGGGCCACUGACGGCGCCGCGCCGGCACCAUGAACGCGCGCAGCAUCACCUUUCAGCUGUCCAUGGAAGGACGACAAGUGGACGAGGUGGUGGCAUGCAUAUUCCACACGGUCCUUUUCCAUCGGUCCAGCGGUAAAUUCACAUACAACAGCGAAGAGAGCUACUCGAUCCGUACCGUGAGCUAUGUAGAUGUCGACUGCGAUUUCAUCGAUUUCACAUACGUUUGCUGCGAGUCCGAAGCGCUCGGGCGAAAUAUUAAACGGGAAAUAUCGUACUUCUCCGAGCUGCUUCGCGGUGCCGAGUCCACUUCCUCACCGCCCAAAGGCUCGAUAAGCCUGGAAUUCUUCCAGAAGCGCCGUGCGCGUUGGCCCUUUCAACCCGAGUGCGUGCCCUGGGAAGUGUGGACGGUGUACUGUGAGGUCGCCGAGUCCAGAAACGAGCACGACAUGCACAGCAAACAUGAGAGUGUUGUCGAAAUGCUGCAGGACAAAAUAGUUUUCAUCACGGAGAUUAUAAAUCGCCACGAAUACGUUCCUAAAAUGCCGAGUCGCUCCGACGCGGACCUGAUAUUCGAUACUUCGUACUCGGACAUACAGCCGUACCUAUUUAAGGUGCACUACAACCUGUCCGGCGCGCCGCCUACUUCAGUCGGGAACACUGUCCGGAAACUGAUUCGCGACACACUGUCAUUGUGAUCCAUGUAACUUACGUCGCGAGUAUUCAAUCUCUUUAACGUAUAAGAUCGUCAUAAAUUAUUGAGCUGACUAUUAUACAAUGGCAUCGUUCGACCCGACAAUACGUCUACUAAAUACCUAAUUAAGAAGCUAUUCGGGGCGUGUAUUUUGGAGAAUUGUUGAUAUUGUUUUUAUAUUAUUAUGACAUGUAAAUAUUUCGACUUGUAUAUUUUCAAUUUCAUUAUAAUUAAAUAAUAAUUAUCAAAGGAUUUCACAGUUUCGUCUAAUUUCUCUAUAAAGCAGUCACUUAAUUGUACUUAUAUUGCUUUGUACAUUGCACAAAGAACAUUUUCUAGUUAAAUUUUUCAGUAAUAUUAUUAUGGAUGCGUUAGGGUUUUAACCAGCCGUUAAUUGGUUAGGUUCAUUUUCGUUUUACGCGUCACAGUGCUUACUUUGCAAAUGCCUCGUGUUGGUGGCCCGUUGUCUACUUAUCGAUUUAUUGCAUUGUGUACUAUUACUAGUUCCGACAUUAUCUUUUAGUACUUUGUUAUUAUGACUACAGAAAUAAUUUUUCAAAACUUUGGUAGAUAAUGGAAUUUAGGCUGGUUUUAGGUUUAUUAUGUUAGCUAAUCAAACUAAUUAUUUAAUGUUUUCGUCUGUUGUAAAAUUAGGUGUAAACGUAAAUUUAGUUGUAAUAAUAAUUUCAGAGCUAUGACUCAGAAGGCUGGUUGAUGUGUCCACUCAUUUAUAUGAUUUAAGAUUUGACCUUGUCUGUCGUUACAAUUAAGUUUUCUUAUUUACUUGGAGGCUUAGAAAUAGAUACUUUAACUAAGCACAGUGCUUGAUACGAUUAUAGAUGUAUAGUUACCUAGUAAUUUUAUAAUUUCGUUAUAAAAACCCGUGUUUAACU